AUGGGAUCGGUGGAUAUAGGGCGUUUAGAGAAUCUGCUCGUGGCCCUGGACAUUACGGACGAGGAUGAAAAUGAUAGAAAAAGAGCACUCCUGCUUCACUAUGCGGGUGAACGUGUGUAUGACAUAUAUGAGGCCGAAAAAGGAAAAACCGAGCCGUCAUAUGGAGCCACCAAACAGGUGCUCACGACAUACUUCAAACCCAAGAAAAAACAACAAAUGGAAUUAUACACCUUCAGAAGCUAUAAACAGUCAGAAUCGCAAACUCUUGACGAGUAUGUCACCGAAUUACGACGACUAGCGAAGGAUUGUGGAUUUGCAGACACGAAUAAGGAGAUUCUGUCACAGGUCAUCCAGCACUGUAAGUCCAACAGACUCCGGAGAAGGGCACUCCGCGAGCCUGACAAAGACUUAAAUGGAAUUCUAACACUCGGUAGAACACUAGAGUUAUCCGAUGUCCAAGCUACAGCAAUGGAACGGGACCAAAGUGCGAGUGUUAACGCGGUUGGUCGUGCACAGUCCGAACACAAACCGUUUAAAAGAAAACAACACAGAUCGUCCAACUUCAAGCGUGGUACACCCAAACAAGGUGAGUCCGAUAAAAAGUGUAUGAAAUGUGGAGGAUCAUACCCUCACCAUGGAGACUGUCCCGCUAAAGGCCAGACUUGUCAUUCAUGUGGUAAAAGUAACCACUAUAUGAAAAUGUGUCGAUCCCGUGUCAACAAGCCUACUCACAAGGGCCAGAAUCGAAAUGUGAAAGCUGUUCAACAGGACACUGGCCAUGGUCAAUCGGUUAGUUAUGAUGCCCGAUACCAAGAUGGCGAGACGGACGACGAUGACCGUUACUGUUAUGGAAUAAAGGAGACUUUGACAAAUUCCGAACAGGUGAGAUUUGUAAACGAGGCUCCCAACUUCACUCUAAAAGUGAACAACAGACCACUGAGAGUAUUGUUAGACAGCGGUUCCUCAGUCAAUAUACUUGACGAAACAGCAUACGAGUGUAUGGGUAGGCCGCCUAUCACCCGUGCUAGUAACAGGCUGAUACCGUACGGUGGUGGUAAACCGUUAUCAGUCCUGGGAAAGUGUGAUCUUGGUGUAGAAACGAACAAACAGUUUGACACUUUGACAUUCUAUGUUGUGAAGGGACAUAGGUACGGAUCCAUCCUAGGGUAUCCAUCAGCCCGUAAUCUGUCACUGAUCCAUGUUGUGAGUGAAAUCGCAGAGGAUGUUGAUAAACAAGUGGAGACAGAGUUCCCUGGAAUCUUCAAAGGUAUUGGGAAAUUGAGAGGGACACUGGUGAAAUUACACAUUGACCCCAAAAUACAGCCGGUCGCUCAACGACAUCGUCGUACACCAUUUCAUCUCCGGGACAAAGUCAAGAAGGAGAUUGACAAGUUAGUUGAGGGUGACAUCAUAGAAAAGGUGGAGGGUACACCAACACCCUGGAUUUCCCCGAUAGUCACACCGCCAAAAAAGGACCCGGACGAAAUUCGGCUAUGUGUGGAUAUGCGAGAAGCUAACAAGGCUAUUCAGCGUGAACGCCAUGUCUUACCUACCAUGGAUGAGCUUAUACAUGAUCUAAACGGCGCCACUGUAUUCAGUAAGCUCGAUUUACGUAGUGGGUAUCACCAGCUGGAACUCGACCCAAAAUCAAGGUGCAUAACUACUUUCAGCACACACGUCGGAAUAUACCAGUACAAACGUUUAAACUUCGGUAUAUCUUCCGCGUCUGAGGUAUUCCAAGAGACUAUCAGACAAGUUAUACAAGGCAUCGACGGUGCAAAGAACAUUUCUGAUGACAUUUUGAUAUUCGGUCGAUCGAGAGUGGAACACGAUGCAGUUCUUAGACAGGUGCUUCAGAAAAUAAGUGACUCUGGUUUGACUCUAAAUGGGAGAAAGUGCGAAUUCAGGAAAGACAGCAUUACAUUCUUCGGUGUUGUAUUCAGCGGAGCUGGUAUUUCACCUGACCCUAGCAAAGUAACAGCUGUGAAGGAAUUCAGCCAGCCCCAGAAUGCUAAAGAAGUGAGAAGUUUUCUAGGCAUGACUUCCUAUUCAUCACGAUUCAUUCCGGACUAUGCAACAAUUUGUGAGCCAAUACGUAAUCUCACUCACCAAGAUGUAGAGUGGAAUUGGUCAAAAGAUUGUGAACGUGCAUUCAACACACUGAAAGAUAGACUAUCGAGUGAAACUGUUGUAGCCUACUACAAUCCCGAAAUUGAGGUAGAAGUGAUGGUUGACGCUAGUCCGAUCGGUUUAGGUGCGAUAAUGGUACAGCGACAUCGAGUUGUGUCAUACGCGAGUCGAGCCCUGACAUCUGUAGAAUCGCGAUACAGCCAGACAGAACGUGAAGCGUUAGCUGUUGUCUGGGCAUGCGAACACUUUGAUAUGUACUUGAGAGGUUUGUCACACUUCACAGUGAUCACGGAUCAUAAACCCCUAGAACGUAUAUGGGAGAAAACCAAACCACCGUUGCGGAUAGAACGAUGGGGACUUCGGUUACAACCGUACAAAUACACGAUCAAAUAUAUGCCAGGAGACAAGAACAUUGCAGACUACAUGUCUCGACACCCCAUAACCUCCAAGGCCAGUGAAUCGCGAGAGCAGGAGAUUGCGGAGAGCUAUGUAAACUUUAUAGCGUCGGAAUCUCUCCCAGGGGCGAUCACAUUAGACGAUGUGAAAAGAGGCACAUCUCAAGACAAAACCCUUUGUACAGCGAUCGAGCUUGUGAGGAGUGGGAAAUGGUAUAUGUUAAAAACCAUGGAGAAUCACGACGACAUCGUCGACAUGGAAGAAUUGACCGCUCUGAGGAGUGUCAAAGAUGAACUUACUGUACAUUCCGAGAAUGUACUGCUGCGAGAUAGUAGGAUCGUACUCCCAGCAAAUCUCAGAAACCGAGCCGUGUGUUUGGCCCACGAAGGUCAUCAAGGUAUUACGCGAACCAAGUCAUUCAUAAGGUCGAAAGUCUGGUUCCCUGGGAUAGACAAUCGCGUCGAGAAAGUUAUACAGGAUUGUAUACCGUGUCAGUCCAUGACUCCGGAACCGAGAAGUAGGGUACCGCUCAAUAUGUCCGAGCUGCCCACUGGUCCGUGGGAAAGUCUAAGCAUAGACUUUUGUGGCCCAUUACCCUCCGGAGACUACCUGUUUGUAGUUAUAGACGAGUAUUCGAGAUACCCAGUUGUAGAGAUCGUGAAGUCUGUAUCCGCGAAUGCCAGUAUACCGGUUCUAGACAGAAUCCUUAGCACUUUCGGAACACCUACAAUAAUCAAAAGCGAUAACGGCAGUCCGUUUAAUUCAUACGCAUUUGCCAACUACGCCCAGAACAUGGGUUUCGAACACCGACGAGUCACACCGCGAUGGCCCAGAGCAAACGCGCAGGCUGAGAGCUUUAAUAAGCCGCUCAUGAAAGUUAUACGUGCAGCACAUGUCGAGGGAAAAAACUAG